UUCAGUCUCCAGGUUGCUGCGGUGAUCGCUCCCGCCUCACGCUCGAAGGUUGUCGGACGUGCACUGCGUUUUCCCACAUCGCACCAUGAAGUCCCUGUCGUUGCUGGUACUCGCGUUCUUCGCCCUUCUCGCGGGGGUUCGGUCUCGGCCUCAGGAGGCCCCCAUGCCCUACAACUUCCAGUGGGACGUAAAUGACGAAGCCAGCGGGAACUUCUACGGACACGAGGAGACUGGAAACGAGAACGGGCUGUCGACUGGAGAAUACCGCGUCCUCCUGCCCAACGGGAAACUCAUGAAGGUCUCCUAUACCGUCGAGGGGGAUUCCGGAUUCAAGCCCAUCAUCACCUAUGAGGACAACUACACGCCUCAGGGAUGGGGAAAACGUUGAAACACGUAAUUCAUCCUCUCACCUCCCCCCUCCACCGCACACCCAUCUGCCCCAUCUCGCCCCACACCCACCUUCUUCGCAGCCACCCGAUCCUACCCACCGCAUCCAUACGCCUCAACCUCGCUUCCCUCACAGCCCUCACCCACCCCCAAGAAUAUUGCAGUAGAUCACUUAAAAAGAAAACAAGAUGUCCUGCGCGGGAAACGCAGAUCCGCCCCAAGGCAGCGCAUCACCCACUUGGAGGACUGCAGGGGUAUUAGGAAAAACGCUUCAAUCCAUCGUCAUCCGCUCUCCACCUUCUCCAUCAUCACCCACCUUCCACAUACUCCAUCGUCAUCCACCCUCCUCAUCCCCCAUGUCACACCACCCAUGUGAUAUAUUGCGUACAUGUACAUACACGCAGUCGGUAGCAGCUUUCUUUCCUCGCGUCACGACGUCGUAAACUGAGGAUACCUGGGCAUGAAGGUAUCAAGGACGAUGCCGGGCUCCCUAAUUUGCAGGGACUGCGUUUUUUUUAAAACAAGUUUCUUUCUCAAUAAAAGAUGGUGCAUUCACAAGGUCAACAUUGCUUAAUGAGACGGAAAUCGGGACAACAGACUCCACGCACA